AAAGCGCCAAACACUUUUGUUUUUGUUCACCAAACACAUAAAAUUAUAAAUUAUGGAAACUAAAGAAAUUUCAGUACCAGAAGGGACAAAGGAAGAAUCAAAAUCUAUAAAAGCCAUCAACAAGGAUACGGUGCAUAAAAUAUGUUCGGGCCAAGUGGUUUUAAGUUUGGCCGUAGCGGUUAAGGAAUUAGUAGAAAAUGCUAUAGAUGCAGGAGCCACCUUAGUGGAAGUUAAAUUACGUGAUCAAGGUUUGGAAUCCGUUGAAGUUAGUGACAAUGGUUGCGGUGUGGAGGAAAAUAAUCUUGAAGGAAUGACCGCCAAAUAUCACACCUCGAAGCUAAGAGAAUUUGUAGACCUACAAUCAGUGGAAACAUUUGGUUUUCGAGGUGAAGCUUUAAGUUCCUUAUGUGCAUUGGCAAACAUGUCGAUAACAACACGCCACAAGUCUACGGAUGUGGCCAUUAAAAUAGAUUUAGAUCAUGAGGGUAAAAUUCGAAAAAGACAGCCUUGUGCCCGUAGCAUUGGAACAACCGUAACACUUACAAGUCUGUUUGAAACAUUACCUGUGCGUAGAAGGGAUUUUGUGCGUAAUAUAAAAAAGGAAUUUACAAAAAUGUGUCAAAUACUGCAAGCGUAUUGUCUUGUGUCCCGUGGUGUACGUAUUAUAUGUAGUAACCAAACUUUAAAAGGAUCCAAGACUGUGGUAGUGCAAACUCAUGGAUCUCAAGAUAUUUUGGCCAAUAUUUCUGCCAUAUUUGGUAGUCGUCAGGUGAAUGACAUUUUACAACUUAAAUGUCCCCUAAAAGACAGCGAAGGUGUAGCCAUACCAGCUAAUUUAUUAAUGGAACAAUUGCAAAAUGACAUAGGUGGUAGUAUUCGUUUGACCAAAGAUGAUAUUAUACAGCUGUAUGAUUCGCAGUUCAAACUUGAGGGUUAUAUCUCUAGUUGUGAACAUGGCAGUGGACGCUCUUCCAAAGAUAGACAGUAUUUUUAUGUCAAUUCCAGACCUUGUGAUCCCAAAAAUAUAUCAAAAGUCGUCAAUGACUGCUAUCAUCGCUAUAAUGUCAAUCAGUAUCCCUUUAUUUAUCUCAAUAUUAUAACAGAUCGCCAGUCGGUAGAUGUCAAUUUAACACCAGACAAACGUCAACUUUUGCUCAACAACGAGAAGAUACUUUUAGCCCUUAUCAAGAAAGCAUUAAUCACAACAUUUGGCAAUAUACCUUCGACAUUUAAAAUGCAAAACACUACCUUAUUCAGCAUAAUGGGAGUGGAUAAAGCUAACAAAAGUUCCAAACAAACAGAGAAUGUACAGAAUGAAAUUGAAGAGGAUGUUCCCCUGACAUCUACACAAAAAUUUAUGGACGUUUUAACGCAGUGGAAGCAAACGGGGGAUACUGUAGGUCCAGUGACUCAAUCUAAACCGAAAAAAAGAAAAUAUGCUGAUGAAAUAACAACCAGAACGUUAAAAUUGCAAAAAAUACAAGAUUUUCUUACCACUAAUGCUGUGUGUUCCAGUACCAAUAGUUAUCAAGAGCACAGUUAUAAAUCAGAACCGGAUAGCGAGGAAGAAAGUGAAGUGAAGAAUAAAGAAGACAAAAGUCACGACAUUAGUAAGCCAAAUAUUGAAGUCUUAUCAAAAGAAUCCCUUGAAUAUGAUGAACUAAUGACAAAAACAUCACCUCAAUAUGUUGUAGAGCGUAUUGACUGCAAAAAUUUAACACCCUUGAAAACUAGACCAGUCAAAUUGGAGAUUCCAGAAGAAACAACAUUAUCACCCGAUGAUCUCAAUGACAACAUAGAACUAGAUGAAAGCGAUUCAGAAGCUGAGUAUAGAAAUCAACCAUGUAGUGAAUUGAAAUUAUCCUUGGCGGAAAUAACACUGAAUCUAGAGGCGGAGGAAAAUUUAAUAAAUGACCGGCAGCGUAAAGCCAAAUUAGAACGUUUACGUUUUAAGAGCGAAAUAAAUCCAAAUCAAAACAAGAAAGCUGAGGCCGAAUUACAAAAGGAAAUCACGAAGAACUGUUUUGACAAAAUGGAAAUACUGGGACAAUUUAAUUUGGGUUUUAUUAUAGCUAAACUAGACACUGACCUCUUUAUAGUCGAUCAACAUGCUACCGAUGAGAAGUACAAUUUUGAAACUCUGCAGAAUACGGUACAAUUACAACAUCAACCACUGGCAGUGCCUCAGCCACUGGACUUAACCGCUGUCAAUGAAAUGGUGUUAAUCGAUCAUUUGUCAAUAUUUGAGAAGAAUGGCUUUAAAUUCGAGAUUGAUAAUAAUGCUCCUCCCACCAAAAAAAUACGUUUGCUGGGCAAACCUUUCAGUAAAAAUUGGGAGUUUGGUAAGGAGGACAUAGAUGAAUUAAUUUUUAUGCUACAGGACGCACCUGAAGGUACAAUGUGUCGGCCAUCGCGCAUUAGAGCUAUGUUUGCUUCUAGAGCUUGCCGCAAAUCGGUUAUGAUUGGUAAAUCUUUAAAAAAGUCCACCAUGAAAUUGUUGGUCAAACACAUGGGUGAAAUCGAGCAACCUUGGAAUUGUCCUCAUGGCCGUCCAACCAUGCGUCACCUCAUUAACACAGCCAUGCUGAUAAAUGAUGAUGAGGAGGAGGAUCAAGAUCAAAAUGCCAGCGCACAAUAACGGUUUCCAAUUUAUAUUAAUGGAUUACUAUUAAAAAGAAACAUAUUUACAAAAAUGUAAAAAAAAAACAAAAAAAAAUAAUUACUAAAAUGACUUUAAUCUUAA